AGGCCACUUUAGGAGUUGGGGGACAGCGUUGGAUAAGGCCGCAUGGGGCCGCUUUAUACUGGAGCACAGAUCACAACACACCGAACCCUAACGUCUUCCUCUCUCUAUUGUUGAUUCCUCUCGAUCUAAACGGGUUUCAAAUCACAAUGCCAGGCCGCGUUUUUCUUGUAUGGAGAUCCAUUUACAGUAUUUCUGCUUAGCUUAAUUAUCUAAUCCUCUGUUCAAUUGCUGUUUCUGGAAAUUUUACUUCAAUCGUUGGGCGAUACUGUUAGCUGUAGAUUGUGAAUCGGUGAAGUAUGCUCUUUUGUUUGGGUGACCUAUGAUUAGCUUUCACAUUUUGGGGAUCAAACUGGGGUGGCGGAUUUCAUUAAAUCAUGGAGUUUCAGUUUUUGAGGUCUCUGGGUUUCGUUAAUUAGAGAUUAUUUGCUUCAAUAAGAUGGGUAAAGGUUUUACAUUGGGGAGAAAUUCGAUGUAGAUUUGAUCGGACACUUAGAACUACCGGGUGUUUAGAGAGGCAACGAUUGAGGCGGCAUAAUGUCUAUUAAGAGUAUGUUUCAGGACUUGAAGGGUGAGCUUGGGAGCAUAUCCAGAAGAGGAUUUGACAUGAAGUUUGGGUAUGGGAUGCGAUCCAGGUCACAGCGGGUGGUACAAGAUAGCUCAGUGGCACUAGUGGAUGCAUUUAAGCAGAGCUGUUGGGCUAACAUGCCACCGGAACUUUUGAGGGAUGUGCUCAUGAGGAUAGAGGCUUCUGAGAGUUCUUGGCCUCCUCGGAAGAAUGUGGUUGCUUGUGCUGGUGUCUGUAGGAAUUGGAGAGAAAUUAUGAAGGAAAUUGUGAAAAUACCAGAAAUUUCGGGCAAGUUGACAUUUCCAAUCUCCUUGAAGCAGCCUGGUCCAAGAGACACCCUUCUCCAGUGCUACAUAAAACGAAAUCGUAGCAAUCAAACAUAUUAUCUUUGCCUAAGCUUAAAUGGAGCUUCAAAUGACAAUGGCAAGUUCCUUCUUGCUGCACGGAAGUGUCGGCGGGCUACUUGCACAGACUACAUCAUCUCUUUAAACCGUGAUAGUGUGUCUAAAGGGAGCAGCACAUAUGUCGGAAAGCUGAGAGCUAACAUUCUGGGAACUAAGUUCACGAUCUAUGAUGCCCAGCCUCCACAUCCUGGGGUCGGAGUAUCCAAAUGUCGCUCCAUAAGGCUAGUUAACAUGAAACAAGUCUCCCCUACAGUCCCUGCUGGCAAUCAUCCUGUCGCCCACAUCUCAUAUGAAUUAAACGUCCUGGGUUCGAGAGGUCCUAGGAGAAUACAGUGUGUCAUGGAUGCCAUCCCUUCCUCUGCUAUUGAACCUGGAGGAGUCGCCCCGACUCCAACUGAAUUUCAGCGUAGUAGUCUGGAUACCUUUCCCUCCCUUCCUUUUUUCAGAUCAAAAUCAAACCGCUCAGAUUACGAAUCUGGACCUUUGUCUGUCCAAAGAGAGGGAAUGCUUGUCUUGAAGAACAAGGCACCCAGGUGGCAUGAACAGCUGCAGUGCUGGUGUUUGAACUUUAAUGGACGGGUCACAGUUGCUUCUGUGAAGAAUUUUCAGCUGGUUGCCUCUCAAGAAAAUGGGUCCACUAGCCAGGAGCAUGAGAAUGUCAUACUUCAGUUUGGGAAAGUCGGAAAGGAUGUAUUUACCAUGGAUUAUCAGUAUCCAAUCUCAGCUUUCCAGGCAUUUGCCAUAUGUCUGAGCAGCUUCGACACCAAGAUUGCUUGUGAAUGACAGAAACAGGUGGAGGAGUUUGAGCCUGAUCUUUGCAGCAAGCUUUUGUCGAUUUCGCUUCUACAGCUACAUGAACAAUUAGGUUUUCAUUGUCAUUUUUUAUGUAAAUAUUUUGUAAGCGAAUUGUUCCAUGGUUAUGUGGUUGAUGCAUAACUUAGUCUGUUUGGAUUGUUGAUUCCAUAUUAACAACACACCUGAACUCUGUGGCUUAUUUCA